AUGAUGGCGACGGUACCUGCCUGGAAAAAGCUAGGACUCAAAGUUAAGGACAACAAUGAGGUCACUUCUUUCAAUGACAUUGUGCAUCUAGAUACUCCAACUGUUGACAAGAAUCUUACAAAGAAGCUCAAUAAGAAGAGAAGACAAGAAGAAGAGAAGAGUAGGGACACAAAAGAGAAGAAGCCUCCAAAGAGACAAAAGCUUCCCAAGUCGGAAAGGAAGCCACCUCCAGAAAAAGACCAACUAGCUUACUUGCGUCAAUACUCAGUUGACAAAGAAAACUGGAAAUUUAGUAAGCAGAAACAAAACUGGAUCUUGAAAAACUUGGACUCAAUCCCCCACGAAUACGAAGAUCUGCUCAUUGCUUAUAUUGAAGGCAUCCAAGGUGGCGCCCGAAGUAGGCUUGUUGAGCAGUUGACCGAAGUUGCCAAUAGAUGGAAUGCGAUUAGCGAGGCUCUCGAGGCUAAGGUGAAUGCCGAACUUUAUGGAGAAGGUGAAAAUGAGGCAAUAAAAGAGGGAAACGAGGAAACGAAAGGGGAGAAUACUCCUCAAAGUGUCACUCGUGAAAACGCGAUCAGAACAAGAAAGCUAUUACAUGCAUUAACCGGAGAAAAUAUUGAGCUCUUAGGUCUCGAAGAAGAAGGAUCUGAAAGCGAACAACGUACUAAGGAAUCUACAAGUACUACUGUGGUAAGUGAUGUUAAAGAUGACUCUAAUCAGAGCUCCGAAGACGCACUUGAUGGGCAAUCUGCAAGUGAGGAACCGGAAAAAGAAACCGGUAAUGGGACCAAUGAUGAAGGUGAAGAUGAGAGUGAAGAUGACGGUUCGAAAAGAAAUAUCUCUAGCAGCAAAAAAGUAGAGGAGGAGGAUAACAUCAUUAUAGAGAGUGUUGAUGUGGAAGACUUCUUCGAAGACUCUGACGGCGAGUCACUGAAGAAGAGCAAGAGUCAAACAAAGAGCAGGCGAAAAAGCACUAACAAGAAACACAGUAGAAGUGGGUCCCUGAGCAAGUCAAGAAAUCAGUCUGAUGCAUCUCGCUAG